UGCCCAUACUCAGGCCGCCCUGAACCCUAGGUGAAGAUGGCGCCUCAGGUCAUCGGAACUGCGCCGCCGCUCCUUCGCCCCGCUCCACCUCUAAACUGCGCCGCCACGGCCAUCUCCAUCCCGCGCCGCCGCUCCUCCGCCCCUGCGUUCUACCGCCAACCGAGCCUUCAGAACUCUGCGCCCAUACCUCCUGAGGCCCCUGUAUCCAAGAGAAGGCUCCCAUCGCUCAAUCUGCCAUAAAAGAUGGACUGUAAAAAACAGUUUUCGGCCGGUUUUCUAACUGAUGAUCUGUUGGUGGAAAUCCUCUCCUGGGUGCCGUUCAAGUCUUUUUGCCGUUUCAAAUCUGUGUGCAAGGCCUGGCUUGCCUUCUCCUCUGAUCCACACUACCGUGGGAAGCUGCCAAAAAUUCCCACGGGCCUUGUGCGGGAAGGCCGUACUGGUGUUCAGCUUGUUAGCUUGUCCCCAAACAACGAGGAAAUUGAUGGAGCUCUUACAUUCUUGCCGCACUACAAGAAAUUGGAAUUUGUGGACUGCUGCAAUGGCCUAGUUCUUUGUAAGUACAGGAGCAUCAGUAGUGUUGCAUAUACCCACUUCAUUGUGUGCAACCCGGCAACACAAGAGUGGAGGGAGCUUCCUGUGUCUGGAUCUCACGGCCACCCAUAUGGCCGAGAUGGCUACCGUUGUACAACUAUUUUGGCCUUCGAUCCAUCAUGGUCGGCACAGUCGUUCUAUGUCUUCAACUUUUGGCAGAAUGUCAGCAACACUUGGAAACGUGGUAUCAGCAGAAUUGAGGUGUUCUCGUCUGACCUAUGUAAGUGGCUUGUGGACGAUGCAUGGAGAUGGAAUCACAGGAUACUGAUGGUCAAUACACCACACAGUUAUAUAGGUGGAGCGUUGCAUGUGCAGACCAGCAGUGGUGAUAUUCUUGUCGUUGAUGGCUUGCACAGAACGAGUCAUGGCAUGUCAUCCAGUAAUUGUACCAUGAUCAAGUUACCGCAUGAAUGCUGCCAUCUCAUGGAUGGUUGCUUUGGCCAAUCACCGCGGUCCUUGCUGUGUGCAUUUCCAGAGGAAUGUGGACGCACGGUUGCAGUGUUUAGUCUUGAUGCUGGUCGUCCUUACAAGUGGUCUCUGAAGCAUCGUCUUAGUAUGCCUGAUGCACUUGGAAUGGGUAAUAAUAUUGAAUUCUGUGAUGAUGGAUCUUGGGUCUUGCGGUGUAGUUAUCACAUUGUCGCUCUCGACUUUGAAAGGGAUGUGCUUUUCCUCAUCGACAAGGAGACGAAGAAGCUAUUGGUAUACAACAUUAGCACAGGGAAACUUAGCAAGAUCAAAGAUGGUUGCCUUACUCGCACCUGGGCCUACCAUUAUUAUGUGGCAUGCUACUCAAAGCUUCCAGGCCGAGCCAUGUGAGUGAUGUAGUUAGUGGGUAGUAGCAUCUGUUGUGUGCAAUUUUAUUUGCUGGUUGCAUGCCUCUGUUUCUCCUCUUUCUGGCAUAUUGAAGAAACUUGUUAGUAUUCAGGUUCCGAGAUGUUGUGAUUGAGGUUCCAGUUGACACUGACAACCCUGUUAUUGUUUUUGAAUCUUUGUGUUUGUUUUCCACCAUUAAGAAGUAGGUUGUUUAGAUGCAUAUGAGAGUUUAAGUGACUUACUAAAGAGCAUUCUAAUCAGAUCAGCUGUUCUUGUCAUUGUUUUUCUCUUUCUUCUGC